CGGGCGGGGCAGGGUGUACUGUUGGGGGCCGGGGCCUGAUCCCUAUCUUGGGGAAGGGGACGCUGCCCGAUGUGCACUUCCCCCUACCGGGUUUGCCCUAUUCAGGUUGUCAAGAAGACGGGAGAUUGGUGGCCAUUUUAGACGCAGUAACCUUGGUUCGAGGUUCCGGCUCAAGGGCCACUGCGAAGGAGGGAGGGUGGCGUGGCUGGAGCUUACGCACCUAGGCCCUUAUGAACUCUUCCCGCAGGAGAGGGGGAAGCUUCUCUUUUUGUUCACCUACAUCAGUUUUCUUUCCCAGAUAUGUACGCAAGCCUGUUUUCUCCUUUGGUAGCAAGAGAAGGGGGGAGGAGGAAGGACGCCCCGUCAAAGCCCAGAUUCUUCACUGCAGCAGCCUCACUGCCCAGAACCACCACCCGCCAGGCGUCCUGCGGCCACACCCCUGGCGGGCCGAGGCCGGCUACGCCCACGCGACCCCUCCCAUUCCCCUGCGGUCUGGCCAAUGGAGGAGCUACGAAUGGCAAGACUUCCUCGAGCUUGGCAGUCUCCAGUUGCGCCGUACUUGGAAGACUUUGGGAGACUUUGUUGGAAGAAGAUGCGGGAAAAGGAUGCUGGAGGUCUUGGGAGAUGGCUCCUGCACCCCUUCCAACCUUCCUUUUUCCCUGGAGUCGCCGAAACAGCGCAUCGAAUUGGCUCGAAGAUGUGGUUUGCCGCUUCCCUACGGGUCUAUGCGGCACUCUUCUGCCUGGUGACUGACAGCUUGGAAAUGAAGCUUAUGAUGUCAUUUCUUCGGCCGACCAAUAGAAAAAGCUCCCGCGGAGAGACGUUCCUCCCCCUUCGACUCUGCUGCUUCACGCGCGUGAGCGAGCGAGCGCGCGCAGAAGGGGUGGGGGAAAUCUCGAGCAGGGUGGCGCGCAUGAUCAGUGAAGCUCCUCCCCCCCGCCUAUAUAUAAAGGGCUGGCGCGGGGCUCUACGGCGCCAUUUCGCGCUGGAGUGGAGCAGCCUCUAGGACGAGCUGGAGGAUACUGCCUACGUCUAACAGCCUUUGCGUCGUCCGGGGCCGCCAUUACAAUCCACGUCCAUCCGCUUGGAAAUGGCCUUCGUCUCGGCCUAUGAAUGGUCCCGGUGGACAGUGCAGACCCCAUAGAAGCCCCCGAAGCUCCCCUUUUUCGGGCCCCGCCCAAUCCUCGGAGUCUGUCCACCCCCUGUACUCCGCCCUCAAGAGGAUUUCAAAGAUGGAGGCGGCGGCUCCCUAAACCACUUUUCGUAUUCAUCCACCUCCAUCCGGGAUUGAAACGGGACCUCGUUCUCUCCGGACGGUCCCGACAAGAAGCGGGAACCCCUGCAGAUCAACAACGGGCUGUAUUGACGACGGUGUUUGCGGUCUGGGACCGUCUUUGGGUUUGAAGAGUUCGUUCCCCCUGACUCGCUCGCCCGUCUCAGCCGAGCCGCCGCCAUUUUCUUGCUGUCCGUCGUCUGCGGAGCGCGCCAAGCUGCCGGGAGCUCUCCGAGAGGCAGCGGAGGAGAUUGCUUUCGUGCCGGCCGAGCGAGGGCUUUGUCGCCUGGAGGGCCAGAGGCAACGGGCCUCCCCCCACUUCCCGGGUUAUGCUGGACCGGGCGGUGAGGGGAACCGAGGCCACCCGGACUUUCCGCGUCUGAAGGCAGCGCCGGUUCCCCGCGGUCAAGAUGCUGCAAAACGUGACUCCCCACAACAAGCUCCCUGGGGAAGGGAAUGCAGGGUUACUGGGGCUGGGACCAGAGGCGGCAGCACCAGGGAAAAGGAUUCGAAAGCCCUCUCUGUUGUACGAGGGAUUUGAGAGCCCCACGAUGGCUUCAGUGCCCGCUUUGCAACUGACCCCUGCCAACCCACCGCCCCCGGAGGUGUCCAAUCCCAAAAAGCCGGGACGGGUUACCAACCAGCUGCAAUACCUACACAAGGUGGUGAUGAAGGCUCUGUGGAAACAUCAGUUUGCAUGGCCAUUCCGGCAGCCUGUGGAUGCUGUCAAACUGGGCUUGCCGGAUUAUCACAAAAUUAUAAAACAGCCUAUGGACAUGGGUACUAUUAAGAGGAGACUUGAGAACAAUUACUAUUGGGCUGCCUCAGAGUGUAUGCAGGAUUUUAACACCAUGUUCACCAACUGUUACAUUUAUAACAAGCCCACUGAUGAUAUUGUCCUGAUGGCACAAACACUGGAAAAGAUCUUUCUACAGAAGGUGGCAUCAAUGCCACAAGAGGAACAAGAGCUUGUGGUGACCAUCCCUAAAAACAGCCACAAGAAGGGGGCCAAGUUGGCAGCACUCCAGGGCAGUAUUACCAGUGCCCAUCAGGUGCCUGCUGUUUCUUCUGUGUCACAAACAGCUUUGUAUACUCCACCACCUGAGAUACCUACCACUGUCCUGAACAUUCCCCAUCCAUCAGUCAUCUCUUCUCCCCUUCUCAAGACCCUGCAUUCUGCUGGACCCCCACUCCUUGCUGUUUCUGCAGCUCCCCCAGCCCAGCCCCUUGCCAAGAAAAAAGGGGUAAAGCGGAAAGCAGAUACUACCACACCUACACCUACGGCCAUCCUUGCUCCUGGUUCCCCAGCUAGCCCUCCAGGGGGUCUUGAGCCUAAGGCAGCACGGCUUCCCCCUAUGCGUAGAGAGAGUGGCCGCCCCAUCAAGCCCCCACGCAAAGACUUGCCUGACUCUCAGCAACAACACCAGAGCUCUAAGAAAGGAAAGCUAUCAGAACAGUUAAAACAUUGUAAUGGCAUUUUGAAGGAGUUACUUUCGAAAAAGCAUGCUGCCUAUGCCUGGCCUUUCUAUAAACCAGUGGAUGCUUCUGCUCUUGGCCUGCAUGACUACCAUGACAUCAUUAAGCACCCCAUGGACCUCAGCACUGUCAAGCGGAAGAUGGAGAAUCGUGAUUACCGUGAUGCACAGGAGUUUGCUGCUGAUGUGCGGCUUAUGUUCUCCAACUGCUAUAAGUACAAUCCCCCAGACCACGAUGUUGUGGCCAUGGCCCGAAAGCUACAGGAUGUAUUUGAGUUCCGCUAUGCCAAGAUGCCAGAUGAGCCACUGGAACCAGGGCCUUUACCAGUCUCUACUGCCUUGCCUCCUGGCCUGGCCAAAUCGUCUUCAGAGUCCUCCAGUGAAGAAAGUAGCAGUGAGAGCUCCUCUGAGGAAGAGGAGGAGGAUGAGGAGGAUGAGGAAGAAGAAGAGAGUGAAAGCUCAGACUCAGAGGAGGAAAGGGCUCAUCGCUUGGCAGAACUACAGGAACAGCUUAGGGCAGUACAUGAACAACUGGCUGCCCUGUCCCAGGGUCCAAUAUCCAAGCCCAAGAGGAAGAGAGAGAAAAAGGAGAAGAAGAAGAAACGGAAGGCAGAGAAGCAUCGAGGCCGAGCUGGGGUUGAUGAAGAUGACAAGGGGCCUCGGGCACCCCGCCCAACUCAGCCCAAGAAGUCCAAGAAAGCAAGUGGCAGUGGAGGUGGAAGUGCUGCUACACUAGGUCCUCCUGGCUUUGGACCUUCUGGAGGAAGUGGCACCAAGCUCGCCAAAAAGGCCACGAAGACAGCCCCACCUGCCCUACCUGCAGGUUAUGAUUCAGAGGAGGAGGAAGAGAGCCGACCCAUGAGUUAUGAUGAGAAGCGGCAGUUGAGUCUGGACAUUAACAAAUUACCUGGGGAGAAGCUAGGUCGAGUUGUGCAUAUAAUCCAAGCCAGGGAGCCCUCUUUACGUGACUCAAACCCAGAAGAGAUUGAGAUUGAUUUUGAAACGCUCAAACCAUCCACACUUAGAGAGCUUGAACGCUACGUCCUAUCUUGCCUACGAAAGAAACCUCGGAAGCCCUACACCAUUAAGAAACCUGUGGGAAAGACAAAGGAGGAACUGGCUUUGGAGAAGAAGCGAGAAUUAGAAAAGCGGUUACAAGAUGUCAGUGGGCAGCUCAAUUCCACCAAAAAGCCCCCCAAGAAAGCGAAUGAGAAAACAGAAUCAUCCUCUGCACAGCAAGUAGCAGUGUCACGCCUCAGUGCUUCCAGUUCCAGCUCAGAUUCCAGCUCCUCCUCUUCAUCUUCCUCCUCUUCAGACACCAGUGAUUCAGACUCAGGCUAAGAGGCCAGGCCAGAUGGGGCAGGAAGGCUCCGCAGGACCGGACCGAUAGACGACCCUGCCCCCCCCCCUUCACACACACACACACACACCCGCCCCUUGCUGUGAUACUUCAUCUCACUCUCCCCCCUCUGUAGGAGAGCUGGCUCUGCAGGGGGUAGAGAUGCAGGGACAUUUACUGAAGUAGAGACUUGGAAAAAAUAAGAUUUGAGUUCCCAGCCCCAUUGGGAGUGACCUCUAGGGCACAGAACCCCCCUAUUCAAAAUGACUGAGGUGGGGCAGGGACACAAGGUGGGGGUGGGCAAGGGCCCUGAUAAUGGGGUUACCUGAGGCCAUAGCUGUCCUGUUCACUUCUAAGGGCCUUGUUUUGAAGUUGGUGGUUCUAAUUUAUUUUAAGCUAGGUAAGGCUGGGGGGUGGGGCCUUGGUCCUCUCAGCCUCCAUGGGGAGGGAAGAAAGGGGAACUUUUUUUACGUUGACUUUUUUUUUCUACUGUUUUCCUUUUUUCCUUCCGCUCCAUUUGGAGCCUUGGGGGUUUCAGUCAUCUCCCCAUUUGGUCCCCUGGACUGUCUUUCUUUGUCUGUUGAUUCUAACUUGUAAAUAAAGAAAAUAUUAUUCAA